UGUGUGAAAAAUAUUGUUUUUCUUAUUAAUUCACGUCUGAGUAAAUGAAUUUUAUUUCAGAAAUUUACCUGUAAAAACUAAGACUAUUUUGCUUAUCAUAUAUUCAGGGAUAACCAAACAUUUUGCAAAACUUUUAUCUUUUCUUCUGCUUUCUGACAAACAAGUGACUGCAGUUUUGCGCGUCACCACAAGUUUACAGCAAACAGCAACAGUUCUCGUCAAAAAAUAGCAACAAAAGAAGAAGAAAUGGAAGAAAUGUCCAAAGAAGUUGAUAAAAAUGACGUGGCAGCGCCGCAACAAGCUACUGAAACAAAAGACGAAGAACCGCCUGGUGCUGAAGAGAGUAAAUCUGACAUAGCAGCCACGGUCGAUGACAUUUUGAAAAGCCAGGAAGACCCUGAAGAGGAAGAGGGUGGAGAGACAGUCAGCUUUAAAGUGAUUUUUUGCAAAACCAAACAUGAGGUCGAGUUUGGCCUUGACAAGACCAUCAUCAAACUGAAAAAUCAUCUUCAAAAAAUUAUUGGCGUUCCACCAGCCAUGCAGAAAAUCAUGAUCAAAGGCCUGGCCCAGGACGACCAAACCUUACGCAGUCUCGGAGUUACCAAAGGAGCAAAGGUUAUGGUUGUGGGUUCAAAACUUGAUGAUGUUAUUGCAGUGUCGGCGCCGUCGCCUCAGGAGUUGGCAGCUGCCGAGUCAUCAACCAAAGAGAAGGAGACCUUCUGCUCUCAAACAAUGCACAAAAAAAUUCUUGACAAAGGCAUUCCUGAUGACGCUUUGCCCGGAAUCAAAGGAAUUAAGGAACCUCUGCCCGCGUUUCCUUUGCAUGGUAUGCUCAACAAGCAGGGCAAAAAAGUUAGACUGACUUUCAAGAUGGAGCUGGAUGAGUUGUGGAUUGGAACUCAGCAGCGCACAGACAAGAUCCCCAUGAGUUCUAUAAAAGCAGUUGUCAAUGAGGUUAUUACUGGACACGAGGAGUAUCACAUUCUAGCUAUUCAGUUAGGGCCGACAGAAGCAUCCAGAUAUUGGAUUUACUGGAUUCCCGCUCAGUACGUUGAUGCCAUCAAAGAUUCCAUCCUCGGGAAAUGGCAAUAUUUCUAAAGCAAAGACUGUCAAUGACACCUUGGAGUGAAGCAGCUGAGUUGAUAAUUGCUGUGAUCUUGAAUUAUAAAAUUAAAAAACCCUGUUACCCCAUUAUUCUGCUAUCAGCGCGACAUAAAUUGUAUGUUCCACUAUUGAUUUUCCAAUUUCCACUAUUCAUACCUGCAGCAGAGUUGAAUAGGAGUUAUGAAUGUGUUUCAAAUGAACAUUAUCUGCUAAAUAAUAAUUAUGUGGACAAAUAAAUUUUUUACUUGGA